AUGUUCAUAUUGGGUUGCCACAAGUACACGAAACGUGUCAAAAAGUGUGUGAAACCAGUCGCAGCUGUCACACAAGUAAACACUACACACAUCAUUGUGUUGUGCGUGCCACGUUUAUUCAUUGCGAAGCUUUAUUUGAUCCCACUAUUUUUUUUCAUUGGCGGUGGAUGCACCAUGUCUCUGACAUAUCUGGCUCGCCUGGCCUUGCGUAACCCAGAUGUAUGCUGGGACAGGAAGAACAACCCAGAGCCCUGGAAUAAACUGGGGCCCACUGAUCAGUACAAGUUCUAUGCAGUGAGCAUGGACUACAGCAAGCUGAAGAAGGACCGUCCUGACUUCUAAAUAAAUCCAGGGAAUCCAGACCACCAGUGCUGGACCAAAGGUUUAAAAACAAACUAAAGAUCAACAAGACGUCCGCGCACUUGUCCUCAAGAGCCUUUGUUCCCAAUUUAUGCAAAUGGUACUUGUCUUUACUUUUCUGGAUUCCUUUUUAACAUCUAUGAUGUCUUGUAUUUUCUCUCAAUUCUUUGUAGUCAGAAACGAUUAAUAAAUGGUUUUCUCCCACAUACAGUGAAAAA